GUCGCUUUUGGCUCCUCGAGGUUCCGGCUCAUUGGAAAAAGUGGUGGUCGUCCAUGCCGCAGCUUACGACCGAGCUCCUGGCCACCCUGGAAGCUAAAGAUGUAUUACCGACUAUCGACCGCAAUACUCAAAGAGGAGAAGUGGCUAUCCUUCCCCAGUUAAAACCCAGACGAAAUGGCAGUGGUUUGACCCUGGGGAUUGUGACGUUCAACGACAAAAAGAUGGCUGGCAGUGAUGGAACACUCACUAUUAUGACCGAGAAGGCACCCGAAGCUUCAACAAACGAUGAUGGAAUGGUGUCCAUUCGAGUUGCGAGUGAUUGCGGUGGCUCAUGGGAACCCCUUGAUGGCGACAGGACUACCUCUGCUCGUCCCGGGACGGCGGCGGUCCAAGCUAUCCGUUUACGUCCAACCCCCAUUCCUGUGCGUGACUUUCUUUCUAUAGUUGAGAGAGCCAACAGAGCAUGUCCGCCGGCUUUUCCGUUAUCAAAGCCACCGCAUAGCCCAGGCAGCGCCGUAUCAAGAAGACCUACUACCAGUUUUCCAAAUGGUGCGUCGAAGCAGAGUCGAAAGACUAGCCUGCCGCAAAAGGUGCCUAUAAAACUACCAAGGAUGCAUAUACUUCCUCAAUGGGAGAGUAAGUGGAAUUAUGUUGGACGAUGACGAAAGUUUUUAUACUGGGGUUUCUAUACGGGUGUUUAUAGUAAGUGUAUCUAGAACAGAUUCUGUUCUGCUUUAUCGUAACAUUGGACAAAGGUCGGUAAAUCAUAAUGCGGAUGUGCAUAGCGUACGAUAUAUUCCGUGUAUGUCAACUUAUAAUAAAACAUUUCAUUUUGAC